AUGUAUGGCGGCGGUAGCAGCGAGAAACAUUAUCAUCAGAAGAAUGCGGAGACUGAAAAUGAGGAUGAAAGGAUUUUCCUCCUCUUGCCUAACUUCACCACAGAAUGGUGUUAA